AUGCAUACAUGCUAUUGCUGCUAUCAGAAAGAGGCAUGACCAGGUUGAGGAUUACGUGCAUCCGUGGUUGUGUAUGGAGUCCAUUCACAAGACGUAUGCACAUUGCAUCAAGCCCGUUCCUAGUGAAGAAUUCUAGACCACAACUGAGCAGUUGAGGCCUGCCCCGCCACCUAUCAAACGGCCUAUUGGGCGGCCAAAGGUGCACAACCGCAACAAGGACCCUGCUGAGGCUCAUAUGCAAGGAGAAAAGCUGAAAAGAAGCUUCCAGGUUACAUGUAGCAAGUGCAACGAGAAAGGGCAUAAUUAUAAAACUUGUAAAGGAGCUCCAAGUAACCCGAACUGGAAACCAAAGAAGAAGAAACCCAAGAAGACAGUUGACAACUCACAAGCUCUGGUGCUGCUUCCCCUUUCAAAAUCAGCCCCUCCACCAGAGGAUCAAAAUCAAUCACAGGGUGAAACAUUGGGUGAACCUCGUGCUGGGGAGGCAGCUGGGUCUGCACCAGUUCCUGCACCAUUUAUGGCCCAACCUUCAGCUCCAGCACAGACUCCAUUCAGACCUCCAUCCCAGGUGCCAAGAAUGGACCAACCAGACUCCAAUGCUGCUGCACAUACUUUCAGACCUAAGCAACCAAUUGUUCGACCACCAACAAGUGCAAAUCCACCAACAAAUCCAACACCACACACAAAAAAAACUCCAACCAGCAGGGGACCCUCGAAGGAGACUAUGAAAGCAGCUACCAGUGCCACAAAGAGAAUUCUCAAGUCUUAGAAGAAGUGAACAAAGCAGCAUGAUUUCUGUGUUUUGUUUUUGGCUAGUUAUUAGCAUGACAUUAGACAAUGCUUAUUAGCAAAGUAAUCUUGGCAAACUUGUUUACAUGCCAACCAGAAAUUAUGAUAUUUUGGAGUUAACUCGUGCUGUUUAGCUAUGUUUUGGAUUAAAUCAGAUACAAUGUCAUUCUAACGUUUUGCUUUAAAUCUAUCCAGAAUUACUAUCUUGUUUAAUGCCUUGAAUAAUGUCUGAAUGUUCUAAAUUAUAUGCAUGCAGCAACAAGAAAUUCCAAAAAAACAUACAUACAGCAACCACAACAAAUUCCAUGUACAUCAAUCAUUUUUACAUCAAUUCCAUGUACAUCAACCAUUUUUACAUCAACCAUUAAAACCAAUUCCAUGAACAUCAAUCAUUUUUACACCCUAAACAUACAUACAGCAACAACAACAACUACUACACCAAUCACAAUUAUAUGCCACAAACUCAAUUUUUUUUUGCUUUCCAUAGACAACAGCUUCCUCUCCAACUCUUCUACUUUUUUCUCAAUAUCCUUAUUUCGGAGCAGCUGUUCUUCAAUGGCUACUCUAUCAGCUUCAUCCACCGCACCCAAGGCUUCAAACUCGACGGCCCUAAUUUUUUUCAAAUGUUCAUCCAGCCAGAUAAAGUAUCGGCAAUACGGUUCUUUAGCCUGGAACAAAAUUUCAGUGAAUCACCCAUUAACACCCAGCACACUAUAAUCCAACUACUGUAAAAAUCGCUCACUUACCUUGAACAGUGGACACCCAAGAAACACUCUAUUAGGGUUACUGGUCGUUCUUGACUUGUACAUAAUGGCGUAGACGCCACAGUAGCACUUGGGCGCAAUCCCAACUCGCUCACAUCCUCCUGGCACAGCCCAUGAAGAUCCCCCUCCAGGUCUUGUGCAUGCAGAGUUCCCUUCACUCAUCAUGGACGAUCGCAGCAUCAACACCCAUGUCUUCCUCCAAGGUUUUUGAUCAAAUAGGGCUCAGGGAAGGGGACGACGUCGUUUUGUGGGUCAGGGAUCGAUCUGUCCUUCGAUUUUUAGUACCCCCUCCAGCUCAGCAACCUAAACGGACAGGUCACACUCCCCCCAGCCACAUCAGCCUUCUC